AGAAAUAACCCCAAAUCCAAAGCCAUCCUCUCAUUCUCCCCAUAAACAGAUCAUCACCAAAACAUAUAAACAAAACCAAUCUAUAUCCCUUCCAAAACCCUUAAAUUCCCCAAAUCCUUCUUCAAUUCCCCGCCGAUCUCUCUCUUCCUCAAACCAUGGGGUGCGGUGGUUCCAAGGACGAGGUCGCCGUCGGCAACACAGUCGCCGCAAAAUCCCUUCAAUUAAACAAUCCUUUACCGUCGAAUACCUCGUUGCCGCCGGUUGAUUCUGCUGCUUCUGAGACGAAAGAGGUGGUGGCGGCUCCUCUCAUCUCCAAAGACUCGCCGGACCGCUAUUUCUCGUCGAGGAAGGACGAGGAAGCUAUUGCUGCUGGAAAUGUUCUGAACAAGGAUGAUGAUCACUCGCUGGCUGAUUCUAUCUCGGAAGUUGAAGAUUCUUCGGUGGUAAAGAAGGUGGUUGUGAUUGUAAGUGAUGGAGAGGCGAAAAAGCUCGUUGCUGAAGGAUCCGGAUCUCAAGAUGAAAAAACGAGCGCAGGUGGAGAGGAUGUCAAAGCGGAGGUGGUGGUAGCCCCAUUUGAAGAGAAGGCUUCUGAAGAUACUGUUGCUGAGAAGAAGAAUUAGAAGUAAAGUAAUUAAUUCAUUUCAAGGCAAUAAUGAAUGAAUUUGUUUGAUUGUUCCUUUAAUGUGCAUAUUUGAUGACAGAGAUUAUCUAUUUUCCAUAUGUUGUUGGAUUGUAUAUUCAUUAUUGACUCUCUCCCAAUUUGAAUUUCAUUGGAAGGAAGAUUGAGUUAA